AUGUACAACAACAAUUAUACACAUUCUAUCUAUCAACAUCUAUUAUAUCUAUCUAUCUAUCUAUGUCUAACUAAACUUAUUUUUAUUACAAAUUACAACAACAAUUAUACAUUCUAUCUAUCUAUCUAUCUAUCUAUCUAUCUAUGUCUAACUAAACUUAUUUUGGAGUCACAUUACAAAUCAUCUAUCUAUAUAUCAGUACUAACAACAAUUUUACAAACACAUUCUAUCUAUCUAUCUAUUCUAUCUAUCUAUCUAUCUAUCUAUCUAUCUAUCUAUCUAUCUAUCAUCACUUAUGUCAGUACAACAACAAUUAUACACAUUCUAUCUAUCUAUCUAUCUAUCUAUCUAUCUAUCUAUCUAUCUAUCUAUCUAUCUAUCUAUCUAUCUAUCUAUCAUCGCUUAUGUCAGUACAACAACAAUUAUACACAUUCUAUCUAUCUAUCUAUCUAUCUAUCUAUCUAUCUAUCUAUCUAUCUAUCUAUCUAUCUAUCUAUCUAUCUAUGUCUAACUAAACUUAUUUUGGACAUCACUUAUGUCAGUAUAACAACAACAAUUAUACACAUUCUAUCUAUCUAUCUAUCUAUCUAUCUAUCUAUCUAUCUAUCUAUCUAUCUAUCUAUCUAUCAUCACUUAUGUCAGUACAACAACAAUUAUACACAUUCUAUCUAUCUAUCUAUCUAUCUAUCUAUCUAUCUAUAUCUAUCUAUCUAUCUAUCUAUCUAUCUAUGUCUAACUAAACUUAUUUUGAGUCACAUUACAAAUCAUCGCUUAUGUCAGUACAACAACAAUUAUACACAUUCUAUCUAUCUAUCUAUCUAUCUAUCUAUCUAUCUAUCUAUCUAUCUAUCUAUCUAUCUAUGUCUAACUAAACUUAUUUUGGAGUCACAUUACAAAUCAUCGCUUAUGUCAGUACAACAACAAUUAUACACAUUCUAUCUAUUCAUCUAUCUAUCUAUCUAUCUAUCUAUCUAUCUAUCUAUCUAUCUAUCUAUCAUCGCUUAUGUCAGUAUAACAACAAUUAUACACAUUCUAUCUAUCUAUCUAUCUAUCUAUCUAUCUAUCUAUCUAUCUAUCUAUCUAUCUAUCUAUCUAUGUCUAACUAAACUUAUUUUGGAGUCACAUUACAAAUCAUCACUUAUGUCAGUACAACAACAAUUAUACACAUUCUAUCUAUCUAUCUAUCUAUCUAUCUAUCUAUCUAUCUAUCUAUCUAUCUAUCUAUCUAUCUAUCUAUCUAUCUAUCUAUCUAUCAUCGCUUAUGUCAGUAUAACAACAAUUAUACACAUUCUAUCUAUCUAUCUAUCUAUCUAUCUAUCUAUCUAUCUAUCUAUCUAUCUAUCUAUCUAUCUAUGUCUAACUAAACUUAUUUUGGACAUCGCUUAUGUCAGUAUAACAACAUUCUAUCUAUCUAUUACUACAUUCUAUCUAUCUAUCUAUCUAUCUAUCUAUCUAUCUAUCUAUCUCUAUCUAUCUAUCUAUCUAUCUAUCAUCGCUUAUGUCAGUAUAACAACAAUUAUACACAUUCUAUCUAUCUAUCUAUCUAUCUAUCUAUCUAUCUAUCUAUCUAUCUAUCUAUCUAUCUAUCAUCGCUUAUGUCAGUAUAACAACAAUUAUACACAUUCUAUCUAUCUAUCUAUCUAUCUAUCUAUCUAUCUAUCUAUCUAUCUAUCUAUCAUCGCUUAUGUCAGUAUAACAACAAUUAUACACAUUCUAUCUAUCUAUCUAUCUAUCUAUCUAUCUAUCUAUCUAUCUAUCUAUCUAUCUAUCUAUGUCUAA